AGAAUCAGCGCAGCCGCCGCAGCCGAGCCGAUGCACCAGGCCGGCCGGGAGCCGCGACCUGGGCGGAGCGGGCGGCGCCCAAAUUCUGCGUCAUCAGCCGGGCCGGGCGGGCCCGCUGCUGACGCCAUCACCCCGGCACCUGCCAACAUGGAAGGUGGCGACGGCGGCGUUGCUGUGGCUGGCCAUGGGGCUCUGGGCUCUGGAGCGGCUGCAGCGACCGUCCGGGAGCUCCUGCAGGACGAGUGUUAUAGUGCUUUUUUAAACGAAGACUUUGAUGUAAAGACUUAUACUUCCCAGUCUAUUCAUCAAGCUGUAAUUGCUGAACAACUAGCAAAACUUGCCCAAGGAAUCAGUCAGUUGGAUAAAGAACUACACCUACAGGUCGUUGCAAGACAUGAGGAUUUACUGGCGCAAGCAACUGGGAUUGAGUCUUUGGAAGGUGUUCUUCAGCUGAUGCAGACGAGAAUCGGGGCUUUACAGGGGGCUCUUGAUAGGAUGAAAGCAAAAAUUGUUGAGCCGUACAAUAAAAUAGUAGCCCGUACCGCACAGCUGGCAAGACUUCAGGUUGCCUGUGAUUUGCUUCGGAGAAUAAUUCGCAUCUUAUAUCUCAGUAAGAGACUCCAAGGACAACUGCAAGGGGGGAGUAGAGAGAUAACAAAAGCUGCUCAGAGUCUGAAUGAACUUGAUUAUCUUUCUCAAGGAAGAGAUCUCUCUGGAAUAGAAGUAAUAGAAAAUGAUCUACUUUUUAUUGCAAGAGCUCGACUUGAAGUGGAAAAUCAAGCUAAGCGCCUACUGGAGCAGGGUGUGGAGACUCAGAAUCCAACCCAAGUUGGGACAGCUCUUCAGGUUUUCCAUAAUCUUGGAACUUUGAAGGAUACCAUUACCAGUGUUGUGGAUGGAUACCGUGCUGCUUUAGAAGAGAACAUCAGCAGUGCGUUAGACAUCAAAGUUUUGACUCAGCCUUCCCAGUCAGCUGUGAGAGGGGGACCUGGACGCUCUACCAUGCCAACCCCAGGAAACACUGCAGCUUUUCGUGCUUCCCUCUGGACCAAUAUGGAGAAACUUGUGGAUCAUAUUUGUACUGUUUGUGGACAGGUACAACAUCUACAGAAAAUAUUAGCCAAGAAGAGAGAUCCGGUUUCUCACAUUUGUUUCAUUGAAGAAAUAGUUAAGGAUGGACAACCUGAGAUUUUAUACACGUUUUGGAAUUCAGUUACUCAAGCACUUUCUUCUCAAUUUCGUAUGGCAACAGAUUCUUCCAUGUUUUUGAAACAGGCAUUUGAAGGAGAAUACCCUAAAUUAUUGCGUCUUUAUAAUGACUUAUGGAAGCGUCUUCAACAAUACAGCCAGAAUAUUCAAGGAAAGUUUAAUGCAAGUGGAACUACAGACCUCUAUGUUGACCUCCAACACAUGGAAGAUGAUACACAAGACAUAUUCAUAACAAAAAAGCCGGAUUAUGAUCCAGAAAAGGCUCUGAAAGACUCACUGCAACCCUAUGAGGCUGCCUAUCUGUCAAAAUCCUUAUCUCGACUCUUCGACCCUAUCAACUUGGUUUUUCCCCCUGGUGGUCGUAAUCCUCCUUCUGCGGAUGAACUUGAAGGUAUCAUUAAAACCAUCACAAGUGAACUAAAUGUAGCUGCUGUUGAUGCCAACCUCACAUUAGCUGUGUCAAAGAAUGUGGCAAAGACCAUCCAGUUAUACGGUGUAAAAUCCGAGCAGCUGCUCUGCACGCAAGGAGAUGCAAGUCAGGUGAUUGGGCCUCUUACCGAAGGGCAGAGGAGAAAUGUGGCGGUAGUGAAUUCACUGUAUAAGCUGCACCAAUCCGUAACAAAGGUGGUUUCCAGCCAGAGCGCAUUUCCUCCAGCAGCUGAGCAAACGAUAACUUCAGCCCUAAAGACCAUCCACGUUCUUAUGGGAAAUGCUGUGCAGCCCUUGCUGACUUCAGUGGGAGAUGCUAUAGAGGCCAUAAUCAUCACCAUGCAUCAAGAAGAUUUCUCUGGGUCAUUGACCACCUCAGGAAAGCCUGAUGUUCCUUGUUCUCUGUACAUGAAGGAGCUGCAAGGUUUCAUUGCCAGAGUUAUGAGUGACUACUUUAAACACUUCGAGUGCUUGGAUUUUGUCUUUGACAAUACUGAAGCUAUUGCCCAAAGAGCAAUCGAACUUUUUAUCCGCAAUGCCAGUCUCAUAAGACCUCUUGGUGAAAGUGGGAAAAUGCGACUUGCUGCUGAUUUUGCACAGAUGGAGUUGGCUGUGGGUCCAUUCUGCAGAAGAGUAUCUGAUUUAGGAAAGUCCUAUCGAAUGCUGAGGUCAUUCAGACCGCUGCUCUUCCAGACCAAUGAACACGUGGCCAGCAGUCCAGCCCUGGGGGACGUGAUUCCCUUCAGCACCGUCAUUCAGUUUCUGUUCACGAGAGCGCCUGCUGAGCUGAAGUCCCCCUUCCAGAGGGCAGAGUGGUCCCAUGCACGUUUCUCCCAGUGGCUGGAUGACCAUCCGUCUGAAAAGGACCGGCUCCUCCUCAUCAGUCUUAGCUAGAGUUGACCACCACCUCCUUCUUGAAACUCCUUGUCGACUGACUGAUUCAACACAUUGUUAUUGAUGCUGACCAUGUGCUGGGCCCUGAGGACACGGCCUUGCCUUCUCGGAGCUCCUGUGAACCCUGUCAUCAGUUUCUGCUUUGUCCUCUCUGGCCUUUGUUUUCCUCAGCCUCCUUUGCUGCGUUGUCGUCUUCUAGCCAUUCCUUAAAUGCCAUCAUUUCCCACAGCUCGUUCCGGGCUCCUUUUCCUUCACGCUCUGUGUGUACCUUGGUCCCCAGGUGAGCCCAUCCAGACGCAUGACUCUCGUGACCUCUCUAUCCUGAUGGCUCCCAGGGCUGUGGCUCAGCUUGAUUGCCUGGGGCCUCAGGCCAGCACACUUGCUCUUAUAGGUCACCACUCACGGCCCCACAGACAUCUCAGCCCCAAAAUCUUUAAAAUAAAUCACCCUUCCUCUCAAACCUGCUCCUUCUCCUAGACUCCCUGUCUUGGUGGGUGUGUCACUGUCAGCUGUCCAGCCAAGCUAGAAAACCUUUCAUUAUCGUUCAGCUCCUCUGUCACCCUCGUUCCCACAUCCAGUCAGUUGUCCCUCUUAAAUAGCUCUUGAAGCCGAUCCCAGCUCUCCCAGGGCAUCCUCGUGCUGUUGGCCAGGGGACCAUGGCACUACACCAGCCUUUGCUCCAGCCUGAGUACAGGUGGUAACUUGGGUUCCGCAAAGCCAGAGCGGGGCUCAUGUGGUGAGGUGAUUCUGAGCCGUGUUUGCACAUGGGAAUAAUUUACAGAGCUUGGAAAAACCCUGGGGUCCAGCCCCGCCCCACCCCCCGCCCCGACUACCUCAGCAUCGCUGGGGCUGGGGCCUGGCAUCAGGAUUUCUUCACGCUGCCCCAGCGGUUCCCUGCACAGCCGAGGCCGAGAUGCCUGCCCUAGUUAUAGCUGAGAGACCACCAGGGAGGGAGCGACAAGAGGGCACUGAGAAACAUCAGCCCAGCAGCUUCGGGCACACUUCAGAGCCUCGGUGAGCCGCUGGCCCUCCGCACGGGGGCCUGUGUGGGUAAAGAGUGGAUUAGCCCGGGAGUCUGCUCUGCUCCUUAUCUGUCACUCUUCUCAGCUCUGAGCAUCUGACCAAGAAAUGGGAAAGGCUGCCAGUCCAUGUGACCGCUGAAAACCGCCCUCAGACGAGGCUCCGGGUGUGGGGUGGGGGCUGGGCCUGGGGCUGAGUCAGGGGUGUGCAGUCUUGGUGGACUUUUUCCUGAGUCCCAGAGACUCUCUCAGGGGUAACAGACGAGGAUUCAGGAUUCAGUUCAUUGAACGGGGUUCAGUUUCGUCUUCUGAACGAGUUGGAAUGUGUUCAUCCACACAGUUGGCCUGUUGUGGGCACAUCACAAAUCUGUUUCUUUUGCUUCUCUUUAAAAAUGUCUCCUGAGUGGUGUCAUCAGCACUGCUGUUGCUGAGUCUAGAUUUAGCAGCUGAAAAUCAUGCUCAGAAAGACGGUCGUGCCUUUUCAGUAAGGCCCACCCAUCACUCCACACACGCCUGCUGUCAGAGCCUUCGUGCCCUGAGCGGCCGGUCGCGCCCUCCCUGGGGGAGUCUGAGACCCCGUGCUCCUGGCCCGGCCCAGGCUGUUGGCGAGGAGGGAGCUUGCUCCUGGACAGUGUUCUUUCUGAUCUGUUAUUGCAAAACAACUUUGUCCCUGUGUCCGGAAGCACCACUGGGUGAAUUCCUUUCCCCUGCGGAUAAACCCAGGCCGAGGACUGCUCUUUAAAUGUCAGUAAAUGUGUUUUCGCUCUGGGGGCAAACCUCGUCGUGUACUCCUCUGUGCCUCUGGCACCGUGUGAAGUCGUCACAGAGGAGGGCGCAUCUGGCCAAGUGUAACUCCUGCUGCUGAAGAAAGGGCAGCUAACGAACUCUCCUCUGCCCUCCUUUUGGUUUCCUCUUGACACCAGAUGUUUCUCUAGAGCUCGAAUGGGUACUUGUCAAGUGAAUUUUAAAAUCAGAGUAAUCACGGACUCAUGGGGCCAAGUGGUGUGAGUCGGGGCAGUUGUACCUACUCGGCCCCCACGGGCAGCCGCUCAGACAGGCGUGUGCCCUCAGGGACGGAGGCGGCAGCGCGGGGAGCCCUGUGGGACUGUCCUCAGUAAAGAUGCAGACUGAGUUUGUGCUGCAGAGCUCUCGCAAGCUCUGCGGCAGUGGUGGGAGUGGCCUCAAACCCACUCACUCUUGGGACUUGCAGUGGAGCGCCAGCUCUUCCUGCUGCUUCUCCUUCGUCUCUGUGACUGGAGAACACCUUUAUGAUGCCACAAAUGUUUACAGACUCUAUCUGCCUCUCGGUACUUUUUCUCUCUCCAGUUAGCAGACACUUCUCGAGGUUGGGUGCCUUCUUGCCUCCUUGCCCUCCCGCCGUGGUCCAGGGCCCACAGGCUGGGAACUGCUCCCUCAGCUCCUCUGUAUGUCUGCAGAACCAGAGGAUCCCCGCUGGCGGAGGGUGACGUUUGUGCUCUCCUCCUGGUGUCUCUGUGGCACUAGAUACCACCAGUUCUGAGAACCGGGUGCCCGAGAUGGGACCAAGAGGGAGGGUGGAGCCGCGGGCAGGCCGGGCCUCUCCUGCCUGUGGAGGCACGUGGUGGACCUUUAAGUCAUUAGGUUUGACUUUUACUGCCUGCCUGAAGUCAGUCUUGUGUUCCAUUAAAACCUCUACUCGGCUACUUGGUGUCACGUUGAGCAGUGCUGCCGUGUGGCCAGAAGCCCCAUUCCUCUACUAAUUGCACAGCUCCUGUUCUAAUUUCUUUUUCAAUAAGGCUAACUUUAAUAUCUGCUUAUGUUGGCUACACUGGAUUGAGACUAACUCUUACAUAACGUGUGGCCUUACUUCCAGGAACACUGAUGUUUUGUUCGAGCAAAUGAAGUAAUUUGAUAAUUGCUUGAGAAGUUUGCUCUGCUCUUGCGUGGGAGGGCAGCUUUAAUCUGUGUCUCCUCAUCGUUCUGACGGUGCUUCUGAUGAAGACCAAAAACCUAACCAAGCUCGCUUCUGCACUUUCUCUACACGUUGUCUAGUUUGUGGGAUGUCAGCCUUUUGGAAUGCAGAUAAAGCUGCUAAGUUGAUUUGUCUCCGUUUAUUAGAUAAAAUGGAUCUAAUCCAUUCCCUACAGAACGAUGACAGUUUCUCUGAAUUUCAGGGCACUGAUCUCUCAGACUGAUAUAGA